AUGAGUUCUCAUAUGGAAGGAGGUUCCACUACUCGCCCACCACUGCUCACGGGAACCAACUACUCCUAUUGGAAGACUAAAAUGAAGAUGUUCAUAAAGUCAAUGGAUGAAGAUGCAUGGCGAACAGUGUUAACUGGAUGGAAGAGACCAGUUGCCACAGAUGAGAAAGGGAUUGAAACUGAGAAGCAUGAGAAAGACUGGAGCAAAGCCGAACAAAUUGCAGCAAAUAUGAAUUCCAAGGCCUUGAAUGCUAUAUUCAAUGGAAUUGAUAUCAAUCAAUUCAAGAUUGUCUCGGCGUGUGAAUGUGCUAAAGAAGCAUGGGAGAAACUCCAAACAGCCUACGAGGGAACUGCCUCAGUCAGACUAUCCAAACUUCAAAUGCUUGCCACCCGGUUUGAAGAUCUUCGUAUGGAAGAAAAUGAGACCGUGAGUGAAUUUAAUUCCAAAUUAUGUGACAUAUCAAACGAAGCUCACGGCCUCGGUGAAACUUAUCCUGAAGUUAAACUUGUACGAAAAGUACUCAGAUCCAUGCCAGACCGAUUCGCGUACAAGAUCACUGCCAUAGAGGAAGCAAGUGAUGUGGACUCAUUGCGACUUGAGGAUCUGAUUGGGAAUCUACAAACUUUUGAAAACAAGUUAAACAUCAGCAGAAUGGACAAGGAAAGGAAAAUUGCUCUGCAAACUGUAUCGGACACCACAACAUCUGUGCCUACUGGUCCUAUGUCAGCACUUGAAGUCAAGCUCACAAAAUCCAUGUCCUUAAUAGCAAAAAAAUUCGGGAAAUUCAUCAAGAGAAAUGGACAUCCUACAAACUCUGAGAGAAAACCUAGGACCUCUACAGACAAGCCAGAAGUCAAAAAGGGAAUUCGAUGUAGAGAGUGUCAUGGUUAUGGUCAUAUCCAAGCAGAAUGUGCUAACACUCUGAAAAAACAAGGAAAAUCACUUGCCACAACUUGGAGUGAUGACACCUCAGAGUCUGAUGAUGAAAGUGAAGCUAGUGACGAUGAUACAAACAAUGAUUUCUGUGGAACUUGCAGAAUCACAGAAGCCACACUCGAGGACAUCACAUGCACAGAACCGCCACAUCUCAGGUAUGUCACACAGGAAAACGAAAAUUACGAAAAUCUAAAUAUGCCUUUUCUGUCCACAGGGAGUGACGAAUCAGAAGAUGAAGGUGAAGAGUCCAUCCAACAAUUUCAAACACAAUUGGAUGAUCUCCUGAAGCAAUGUCAUGAAGUUAGUAAUGAAAAUAAACUCCUGAAAGAAAGAAUCAAAGAACAAGAGGAAGAAAACAAAGGAGUUAUCACAAAACUGAAUGACAGGAUUGAUGAACUUGAGAUGGAGAUUGAAGUCUUUGAAGUGGAACAGGACUUCGCACAAAGAGACAUCGACAAUCUCAAAGAUUUGUUGAAAUACUGGCAGGACUAUGAUGGUGAAAGAGCAAAAAGGGUGAGGAAAAAUCUUUUUCCAAACGUACAUGCUAAUGAUCACCAAGAUGCUUCACCGCCUGUUAGCACAGUGUUUGAUGCCUCUGUCAGUAAGUUAAAUCGCACUGCAUUUCUUCCCUCAAAUAGAUUAGAUGAAAUCAUAAAUGCUCAUCCUUCCAAUUCCAAAAGAAUUGGGUUAGGGUAUACUGAUGGACAAUCUAAUGCUAACACUGGGUCAAACCAAAAGAUCAGAUUUGUCAAUUCCACAUCUUCUUGUGUGAACAACCAAACCUAUCCUACUAAGUUUAUUCCUAUCUGUCACUUCUGUCACAAAAUAGGGCAUGUCAGGCCUAAAUGCUUUAAAAGAUGGAAAUUGAUAAAUAAACAGUUAGCAUAUCAGACAUCCAAAUCCGCUGCGUGGGUUACUUACUCUCAAAGUAACAACUCUCAUAAACAAAGGAUGAAAAAUGAUAGUACUAACUGCUGGUCAGCUAUUUUAUCUUUAAAUGCAUGUGCUACUAACUCUUGGUAUUUUGACAGUGGAUGCUCCAAACACAUGACAGGUGAAAGGAAUUUCUUAUCAAAUCUGCAUAACAUGUCUAGUGGACAGGUUACUUUUGGAGAUGGAAAUAAGGGUUAUGUAAAGGGAAAAUGA